AUGCAAAAACUAGUUUCAACGUCAAUAUUAUCUGCAUUAACUAUUACACGAGUCAUGCAGACAACCAUUAUCAUACCAGUAUUUGGGUUGAGCAUGUUUCUGAUUUUGGGGAAAGCAUGCAACAGAAUGCCCAGCAACUCAAAAUAUCGGUAUCGCAUUCCUGAAAAAUGUUCAAUUGUUGAAUCCAAAUCGAAUACCCCACGUCCCACAGACAUUGUUGUUGUCCUAAUUUCUGGAUUGUUGCUGAUAUGGGUGUGUGUUGUUUGGACCUUGCACGUUAUUGUAGGUCGGAUAGAAUCAACACGACAAGUCGAAGAUUCUUCUGAGAAUGAAGAAGAAAUACCAUUGGCACAAUUACGAAGCCGAUCAGAAGAAGAGGAUUAUCAUCAGCAGCAGCAGCAUCUUCUACAGCAACAACAAGGUAAUUUGGAACCAGCAAACCCACCUCUAACUCCGAUUCACUCACCGUCGGCCGCAUUGGUGUCUGGGAAUUCUGAAUCAGCAAAUGCCGUUAGCGUUACCCCCACUACGACAAAUAGUGAGACAAUAAUGACUGCUCCACGGAAUAGUAUUAUGAUAGAAGUGGAUGUAAGGCAAUAUACCCAGCGCAUAGAAGUGUUUAUCUGGACCUGGAUCCAUAGAGGAGAUCUUUUAGCCUCUGCUUUGUCGGUUGCCGUAUGCAGCAUAACUUCUGCGGACUUGAUGGAGGCUGGAGAAUAUGGCAAGCUUUCUGGUUCGCAUGGUAAACGACUAGCGGUUGGUGUUCUUACGAUGGUUCUUGGGUUUUUGUUUUUGGCUUCAUGGACGGUUAUUGCAGUUCCAGUAAAGAGUUAUGUGAAACGGAACGAACGUGCAGCUGUGGCUCGUCAGAAUCGACUUGAAAGAUCAUGA